GUCUGAGUUCACGUGUGGGGAAGUGAAGGAGCUGCUCAAGGAAUUGGGGGUCACAGGCGUGACCCUUGGAAAGGAGAGGCCAUGGCGUAGAGAGGAGCGAUGGCAGGGCCCUCUGGACCUACCUUGAGAAAGGGCGGCCAGAGGAGAGAUCAGAAAAUCUCAAGGAGCAUGGAGGUGUUGCCCGUUUACGGGGCUGGGGAUAACCUGCGAGUGUUCUUACGAGAUUUUGAGGAGUACGGGUUCAGAAGAGAGUGGGGAGACAAGGAAAAACUCGCAAACGUGACUGGAACAGGAGUAUACAAGAGAAAGAUUGAAGGAGCGGCAGCAGGAUGUGCAAGGUGGAGGGCUUGCAAGGUGAGGUUGUGGAAGGAAAUGGGGACCUACCCAAGGGAUGAUGUUGAGGACGACUUGAAAUUUGAUGGAACAAAUCUGGAGGACUUCAUCGACAGUUUGCAGUUGGCCGCAGAGAAGGGGGAGUGGAGUGAAGAAGAGAAAAAGAAGCAAGAGGUGAAGGAAGGAGAGAAGGGUGAAAAGGAGGGGAAGUUGAGAAGGGUCAAGGAAGUGGAAGUUGAAGUGGGAAAGAAAAUGGUAGAGUAUGGAGAGUCGUCCCAGUUGAGAGAAGAGGUGGAGGAAGGGCAGGUAAGUAAGGAGGAAAAGGCUCAAAAGUGUAGGAAGAGGAAAGGAUGGAGGGAUUAUGUGAUCAGGAUGCUGCAGUAUGACGACCUGCCUGUGAACUCUGCAUGGGAUGUCAGAUUUGAGAGGAUGCUCCUCUCAGAGCUGGUGGUGAGUUCAAGUCACUCAGAUAACUUGCAAAAGAUGAUGGAUCUGCACAAAUUGUUGGAUGAGAAAUGCACCAGACUCUUUGAAGAUUAUGCUGAGAUUGCCAGGAAGAUGGGGAAGAUGGAAGGAGAAGGUGGAGCAAAAGAAGUUGGGGAAGACCUAGACACAGUAGGAAAGGGACUCCAGGCAAAACUCAAGGGCAGCAAUGAACUCUUCACUCAAGGGUUCUUGGAUUACAUCCCUGGACUCUUGAAGGAGAUGAGCAGGUUAAGAAAGAAGGAAGAAGAGAGGGAUGCUCAGGUGACGCAGUUGGUAGGAGAAGUGGAAGGAAUGAAGAAGGAAGUGGAGGAGCUGAAGAAGGGAAGGGAAGAAUUGGAGAAACAAGUGAGCACUUUGAAGGCCUCCCUGACCAUGAAAGGAAAAGAGUUGGAGAAUGAAAUAGCUGAGAGGGGAAGGGUGGAGAAAAAGGUGGAAGGUAUAUGCUCUGAAGUCAGCAUGCAAGGGCAGGACCUGGACAAUGAGAUCUCUGAGAGAGAGAAGUUGGGACAAGAUUGGGAGAAAAGGUGGGUGAAAUAUUGAAGGGAAUGGAAGAGCUCAAAUUAAGC